CAACAAUGCAGCUUUUAAUGGAGCUGUGAUAUAAGGCUCGCUACAUCACAGAAGCCUGUCCGGACACCGUGGUCGCUCCAGUUGAACCCGGGGAGAUUUGUGCGGUUGUUCGUACCUGUAGGACGGGUUUUAUCCUCCGUUUCUCGACACCCCUGAGCUGUUGUUUUUCCCCUGAGGUUCCUGCUUUAAGAAGAACAAAGACUAGAUUUGGAAGAUUCAAUAUGUGAAGGAUUUCCUAUUGAGCCAGAAAAUGUGCACAUUUGUGAUAGCAGCAGCUCUCCACAACCUCCUGGAUCCAUGACCAGUCAUGCCAUCCCUUUAUCACUCAUCGAGGGACCUCCCCUCCACGUGUGCAGGACUGGUUCCAUACACAGAUUUUUAAAAUUGCUAAACCUCAUAAUGGAAAUGGCAACAACUUGCGUGGGCUACUACACAGAGUACAUAUUAGAUCACAGGUGAGGCUCAGCCUCUACCUGCCAUACCUGGAGGAGUCAGAGGAGAUACACAUCUGCAGAAGACCUUUACAGUUCGCCAGAGACGCACCCCAGCUUUAAUGAUUUAGGAUCAAUCCCACUACCUGUGGACAAGGUCAACCAUGGCUGCUGCUGCUUCCCAUAGCAAUAGUUCCUCGAUGGGGCAAAGAACAGUUUGAACGGGUCAACAAUGCAACGCAACAUUGGUGGAGUAGGUGUUGGAGGCCAGCCAUGGGUGUUGCGCCGGGUGCGUCUCACAUGGCUCAGUUUUAUGCUCUUCUUCAUACUGGUCUUCUUCCCACUAAUUGCGCACUACUACCUCACCACCAUCGACGAAGCUGGCGGUCCAGAUAAGCCCAUAUUCGGGCGCCGGCCCGGGGGUGAACUGUGCGAGGCUAAACACGUGCAGGACUUGUGCCGCAUCCGCGAGUCCGUCAGCGAGGAGCUGCUGCAGCUCGAGGCCAAGAGGCAGGAGCUCAACGGGGAGAUCACCAGACUGAACCUCCGGAUCGAAGCUUGUAAGCGCAGCAUCGACAGCGCCAAGCAGGAUCUGCUACAGCUGAAGAAUGUCAUAAGCCAGACAGAGCAUUCCUAUAAAGAACUGAUGGCUCAGAACCAGCCCAAGCUCUCGUUGCCUGUCAGGUUGCUGCCAGACAAGGAGGACCCAGGACUACCACCACCAAAGUCGGUGCGUUUCUGCCGCUUGCGCUCAUGCUUUGACUAUGCGCGCUGUCCUCUGACAUCUGGGUUUCCUGUGUACGUCUAUGACAUGGGCUCUUACUCGUGGGGGGACUAUCUGGACCCACUUGUGAAGCAGGCUUUUGCAGCAUCUGUUAAGAGCAACAUUUAUGUAACGGAUAACCCCAACAUUGCCUGUUUAUAUUUGGUUCUGGUGGGAGAGAUACAGGAAACCUCCCCUCUACCAUCCCCCUUAGAAUUAGAAAAGCAGCUGAAAGCUCUUCCUUACUGGAGAUCCGAUGGACACAACCAUGUGUUGGUGCAUCUCUCCAGAAAGUCUAUGAUACAGAACUUUCUUUAUAAUGUGAGUACGGGGCGAGCAGCAGUCGCUCAGUCCACUUUCCUGGAGCAGCAGUACCGUGAAGGCUUCGACUUGGUUGUAUCCCCACUGGUUCAUGCUCUUUCAGAACCCAACUUUUUGGAAGUACCACCUCAAGUUCCUGUAAAGAGGAAGUACCUUUUCACUUUUCAGGGUGAGAGGGUGGAGUCUCUUCGGAGCAGCUUACAGGAAGCACCUCCUCAGUCUUUUGAGGAGGAGCUGGAGGGAGAUCCACCAGCUGACUAUGACGAUCGAAUAAUUGGCACUUUAAAAGCUGUCCAGGACAGCCACCUGGACCAGGUGCUGGUAGAGUUUACCUGCAAGAACCCAAAGCCAAGUUUGCCAACAGAAUGGGCUCUCUGUGGGGAAAGAGAGGAUAGGCUGGAGGUACUUAAGGCUUCUACGUUUGCCCUGGUGAUCGCCCCGGGGGAUGGACAACUCGUAUCCUCGGCAGGCUCUGGCAUGAGGCUGUUUGAAGCCUUAGAAGUGGGGGCAAUCCCUGUUGUGUUAGGAGACCACUCUAAACUACCGUACCACCAGUUAAUCCGCUGGAGUGAAGCUGCCAUUAUAGUCCCAAAACCCCGUGUCACAGAGCUUCACUUUCUGUUGCGUAGCCUAUCAGAUAACGACCUGCUCGAUAUGAGGCGGCAGGGUCGCUUUCUGUGGGAGACCUACUUCUCAACCUCAGAGAAUGUCCUCAAUACCAUCCUAGCAAGUAUCAGAACCAGCAUCCAGGUGCCGGCAGCGCCAAUCAAGGAUGCGCCUGCCAUUGAAAUUCCUCACAAAGCUGGGAAACUGGCAGGAACCGACGCCAACCUGGCCGACAACGGGGAUCUGGAUCUGGGUCCUGUUGAGACAGAGCCUCCCUAUGCCUCUCCUCGCUUCCUCCGCAACUUCACCUACACAGCUGCAGACACCUAUAGAGCAUGGAACCGGGCCCCGGGGCCUUUCCAUCUGUUUCCCCACACACCCCUAGACCCUGUGCUGCCCUCUGAAGCCAAAUUCCUUGGCUCGGGUACCGGCUUCAGACCUAUUGGCGGAGGCUCCGGAGGCUCCGGGAAGGAAUUCCAGGCUGCCCUGGGUGGGAACGUGCCCCGGGAGCAGUUCACUGUGGUCAUGCUAACUUACGAGAGAGAGGAGGUGCUGAUGAACUCCCUGGAGAGACUUAAUGGGCUGCCGUACCUGAACAAGGUGGUGGUGGUGUGGAACUCUCCAAAGCCUCCUUCAGACGACCUGCUGUGGCCAGACAUCGGCCUGCCUAUUGUGGUCGUCCGCACAGAAAAGAACAGCCUCAACAACCGCUUCCUGCCCUGGGACGUCGUGGAAACUGAGGCCAUCCUGUCCAUCGACGACGACGCUCACCUUCGUCACGAUGAGAUCAUGUUUGGGUUCAGAGUGUGGCGUGAGGCCAGGGAUCGCAUCGUGGGUUUUCCCGGGAGGUACCACGCCUGGGACGUCAACCACCAGUCCUGGCUUUAUAACUCCAACUACUCCUGUGAGCUCUCCAUGGUCCUGACAGGAGCUGCCUUCUUCCAUAAGUACUAUGCGUACCUGUACUCCUACGUGAUGCCCCAGGCCAUCAGGGACAUGGUGGACGAGUACAUAAACUGCGAGGACAUCGCCAUGAACUUCUUGGUCUCUCACAUCACCCGCAAACCACCCAUCAAGGUGACCUCCCGUUGGACUUUCCGCUGCCCCGGCUGCCCUCAGGCUCUGUCGCACGACGACUCGCACUUCCACGAGCGCCACAAGUGCAUCAACUUCUUCGUGAAGGUGUACGGCUACAUGCCGCUGCUGUACACGCAGUUCCGCGUGGACUCCGUGCUGUUCAAGACCCGUCUGCCCCACGAUAAGACCAAGUGCUUCAAAUUCAUCUAGAGUCGGGCUCAGAGUCUCGGCGGAGAGGAGCUGGGAGGAUCGAAGGAGGGGGAACUCCUCUUCGACCGUAGGAGAAACGCACAAAGAGGCAGAAAGACCAGGUUUUGGUCGCCUCUGGCGAAUUUGAUGAAAACUUAAAAGAGCCGGAAGCUGAAAGGAACCUUUUCAGUGGACGUCGCUCCUUUCAAUCAUGUUUCGUCAUCAACCACUAGCUACAGAAGUCAUUUGCACCUCAGACCUGCUUCUAAUGACAGGAGGCAGUUUUACACCGUGUACAGAAACAAUGUUAGAGCUGAACUCUGAUCAUGCAGCUGAAUAAGUGACAAGAAUUUUAUCUGACAUGAAUUAGUUACAAACUAACCUUCUUAUACAACCAUGUGACGACAGCACUGACGGUCAGUCGUAUUUUAUUGAACUUGUUUUAUUUUUUUUAUUUUUUCAUGUUUUGUUUAACGGUGAUCAAAUGUGUAAAGCUGUGUGGAAGUGAAACAUUUCUCAAACCUCUGCCUUGAGGGGAAAUCAGAGUUAAACUGCUCGGCCCAAUCAUUAAUUCAUGCUCCAGAGGGAAUUCACUUCAGACAUCACCAAAAAUGCCUCCAAUCUGUCAAUAAAACCAGCCGUCGCUCUGUCGUCGUGUUCGGCUUUUACACAAUCUGGAGCCCAACGUGAAGAAGCAGCUGCCAAAAUCAACAAAGGCUUUUCUGCCAGAUUUCACUAAACGUUUUCAGCAGUUGAAAACCUAAAGAAAAGACUGACGUUUGACGAAUACGCCUGUUUGUUUUCUGUUUAAACGGGGUUAAUAAAUGUAAAAGCACAGCAACUAGACGGUGGGAGAUCAGGAAGUAGUCUGGCUCUGUCAGAAGCUUAAAAAAAAAACCACCUAGUGGCACAUUUAAAUCUUACUAAUUAAUGCGUCUCUUUAUAGGAGGGGUGACGCAUCGGGUCAGAAACAUUUCUAAGCUCUUGAGCAGUUGCCAGGCAGCCUGCCAGUGUUCCUGGAAGUUAACGGUCCACGUCAGGAGACAGUCGACAACACGUAAGAUGUUUGGCUCCUUUAAUCUGAAAAACUCUCCGCGCUUCAAGCUAAUUGUGUUUUUGUUAGCUGCGGCACCACCCGGAGCUCACGGAUUCUUCAGAUUUCUCAUUUGAUGCUCCCGAUGCAGCUCGGCAGAACAGGAUCUGACAGGUCCAGACCGGUUCUUGUUGUCCGUGCACCAGCCCAGUUCUGGAAAACGCUGGGACUUGGUGCGAAAUGUUAAUAAAAACAACGCAAUCAUUCAUAAACCCAUGUUUUCACAAUCGUCAGAUGCAAAACUACAAAACUGUACUAUUUUAAAGGGAAAUGAGGUUAAUUGGAAUUUGUUAGCAGCAAAACGUCCUAAAAAAGUCGGGACUGUGCCACGUUUCCUGCUUUUAACAAACAUCCAGGAGCUGAAAACCAGCUUGUUCCACUGGUUGUUCAGCAGGACAGGGUCUUUGCUGGACCUUUUGAUCUAACCACGUGUCAAAUGUUUUUGCUUGGUGGGAGGUUUGGACCUUUAGGUGGGCCAGUUCAGCACUCAGACCCUUCGGUGCUUCAUGGUAGACUGAAAGCAGUUUGUGGUUUAGUGUUGUCUUAAUGAAAUUAUAAGAACUUCCUGUAAAAGACGUCAUCUGGCUACAAAUCUGUACAUACUGUUCUGCAUCGACGAUAUUUUAACAAAGGCUGAAAAUACCACGUCAUAGACGUUAAUGCGCCCCCAUACCAGCAGCGAGGCCGGCCAGAUGACGUCUCUUCUUUAGUAUGGAGGGCUGUGGUUCCCAAAAAGGUUAACUUUUUUUUGGCCCAAUCACAGAGCUUUUGUUUUAAUCCAUCUUAAGUGACCUUUGGCCCAGGGUCAGCUCCACUUCCUGGACGGUGGUCACACACGGCUUAUCGUUUGAAUGAUAGAGCUUUAACCAACAGUUGUGGAUGACACCAUGUAGGAUUCGUGGAAAUGUUCCUGAGCUCAUGUCCAGAACAAAAUCAAACCCUGUGGUACGAUCUUUAGUUUCAACAUUUGAUAAAGAACAGGUGCGUAAGAUCUGCACCGUUUUUUUAUUAUUUAUUUAGCAAACCAUAACAUUUUUAGAAUUGGGGUUGUAAGUAGAAGCUUCUCACGUCAGAUACCAUUUUUUAUCGUCACCACGUUGGUUCUACCUUGGCUUUGCUUUGCUCAAAGAAAGAUUUAUUAUUUUUUGGUCAAAUAGGUACAAUAUCUGCAGCUUUUACAGCAUCACUUACUAAAUGGAUGCAGUCCGGUACAUCCAAAACCACCCUGCAUGGUACUUCAGUCAAACCACUGGAGCUGAACCAGUCGUGUAUUAUAAAUCUAUACUUCAUCUGAACUUGAAAAAAGAUUAACUGUUUUUGUUUUUUUUUUACUUGUUUUCCAUGAUUUUAUGAAACACAAACUCUCACCUUGUUCCUGUAUAUUUAUUGAAAUUGAAAAAAAAAAGGAUGUUUUUAAGACUGAGACAUGCAAUAAAAUGACCGGAUGUCGUACUUAAUUAUU